CAGGUGUUAGCAGUCACGUUAAUGAUGACACCUGUGCACUUCCUGCUUUCACAGUGGGAAAUGUUUCCUGUGAAAAAAUGACAGCAGCUGACUGAACAAAUCAGAACAUGUGAUGGGUCAGAACAGAACAACUCUGAUGAUACGUAACCAGGGCUGACGUCCACCAUGAGCCCGUUUCAUCCUGGAUACCAGGCUCGUCUGUGCUGUAUAAAGACUGACAGGGACACCUGGCCUCAGCACACCACCUGCACAUCACAGAGAGGAUGACGGCUGUGCAGGUCAUCAGAGUGAUGUUACCCUUCAUGUUGAGUUCCUUCCUGGGAGCCUCACCUUCCAUUUGGCCCCUGGCUCCUGCAGAGGCCUUCCAGCUGCCGCCCUGCCAGCUCAUCAACCAGACGGUGUCUCUUGAGAAGGAAGGAUGUCCCAAGUGUCACCCAGUGGAAACGACCAUCUGCAGUGGUCACUGCAUCACCAAGGACCCAGUGAUGAAGACCCGGUAUGUUUAUCAGCAUGUGUGCACGUACCGGGACUUGCACUACAAGACAUUUGAGCUUCCUGACUGUCCACUCGGUGUGGACCCGACCGUCACUUACCCCGUGGCCGUGAGCUGCAACUGUGGCCUCUGUGCUAUGGACACGUCUGACUGCACCUUUGAGAGCCUGCAGCCCAAUUUCUGCAUGAAUGACAUACCUUUCUACUACUAGUCUCAAGUAAUGACAGCAUAAAGCCCAUUAAAGUACACUGUAGAAACUGUGCAUCUAUUGUUGUCAAUAAAGAUUUGUGCAAAGAGUUA